UCUCUGGGGUCCUCAUCAUUUGAACAGGGUGUCCAGAGUCCCUAGACGUGCUAACCCUCUGUCAUCGACAACACAUCACAUCCAUUCUACGCUUUUGUACGUGAAGCACCAUGGCUUAUGUCGCUGUCGACGCGGACGACCGACUAGAAGAAGGACCAGAGGGUCUCGAGUUUAAAUCUUUUCUUGGAGCGGACGCGAGAGCAGACCAACGAACACAGUCCGGGGCUUCAAAUGUUGACCGAGGAUAUCUUACAGACCACACCACGCAAAAAAGUCCAUCUGGGUUCUGGACAGUCGAAUACUAUCAGCCAUACUUUGACGUUGAUACCUCAACCGUCUUGAAGCGAUGCUAUACGACGCUCCUCCCCACUUCCCCUUCGUACCUGACGAUUCUUACACCCAGCGCAGACCUAUACGGCCCUUUCUGGAUCCCAACCACGCUUAUACUGGCGUUAUUCCUAUCUUCGUCCCUUGCAGCAAGCAUCUCGUCUUACCUUUCUGACCCAGGAGCUGCGUAUGAAUAUGACUUUGGCCUACUUAGUCUGGCAACAACGAUCGUGUAUAUAUACACGUUUGCAGUACCGGUUCUUCUGUGGCUCACACUACGCUAUAUCGGCGUUGGUGAAUGGGGCGUGGCAGAAGCACUUGGGGUUUGGGGUUACUCAUUAUUUGUCUGGAUACCGGUUUCGAUCCUAUGCGUCAUACCCGUCUCUAUUUUACGUUGGGUUCUGGUGGGCAUCGCAUUUAGCUUAUCAGGGUACUUCCUGGUAACGAACGUGUACCCAAUAUUGGCGAUGGCCGAUGCGAAAGCCACUCGCCUACUGAUAGUCGUGGUCGGCGCACUACAUGCUGUGUUAGCGCUGACAUUCAAGGUGUUGUUCUUCAGCUACUACGUUGUGCAUGAUAUUGGGCCUGGAGCAGACCCCGUACGGAGGUUUCUAUAAAAUGCAGCUGCGCUGGUCUUUGAUUAGUUUCAUUGCAAUGCAUGAUUUUCAUUUUCGUGAAUAUCGUGAAACAACCAAAAGUGGACCACAAUAGCAACGACCGUCGCCAUCCGAUAUUUGAU